UUCUUCUUUCCUCUUCUCUCUCUACACUUCGAAGCAUCAAAAGCGCGGGCUCAGAAACACUGCUGCAAAACAGAACAACUGAGCCCUAACUUCACAGCUUCUUCACAGCUCUCUAAUGGCGGCUUCCAGUACUCGAAUCGCCGCUACUACAACAAAGUCCGUCGACUCUUCUCUCUGGUUCGACUCAUUCUCUCUCCUCCUCACUGACCUCGAAAACCUCCCUCUUUCUUCCGACCUUCCUCCUUCUCUGGUCGAGAAGUUGAAGGAAAAUCAUGCCUGGUUUUUGAACACCGUUACUCAGUUCAAACCUCCGAGUGAAUCGUCAAAAGAGGCGUUGAAUUCUGAACAAGUGAACGUCGGUUCGCAUAAAUUGAGUAUUAAACCUAAAUUUAGGGAUUUGGCUUUAAAGCUUAGCUCCACUGUGGGUUUAGAUGAGGUACAAUCGUACAUCCUUGUUGAAAGGUCCAUGGAUCAGAAAAGUGUUUUUGUUGAUGGCGUCAUUCAAGGUUUUCUUCACGAGAUAGUGCUGCAAUAUUAUACUGAAAGGCAGUGCUUGCUGAAAUGUUCUCGCCAUAUAAUUAUUCAUACAUUGAAUGUUGGAUCAGCUGGUGAAGAAAGACAAAUCAUUUGGGAUGGGGUGUCCAAGCUCAUUUCUGAUGGUUUAGAGGGAAAGUUGAUGUCUAUUCUGAGAAAACAUCUGUCAUCCUCUUAUCCUCAGCACAUGGAUGUUGAUCUUCUCAUUUUGUGGGCUGAAGAGAUGCUGAUUGAAGAUAACUUGGUUUUGGACAUUCUGUUUCUUGUAUAUUAUGAGUCAAUCUCUAAUUGCAGUGCUACUAAGUGGAAGGACUUAUGUCUGCUGUAUAAGGAUAUGACAGCUGGAUCUUCAAACUUUGUUAAGCUUGGGGUGUCUGCCGAAGCGUGUAAAUAUUGUUAUCGUGCUAGGAUUCAGAUGCUAUUGAUCCUUAUAGAGACCUUGGACUUUGAGAGUCUGCUUCAGUUGAUACAUGAUGAAAUUCCAUUUAGGGAUAGCUCUUGUGUGUUCUCUUCAAGUGAUAUCCUAGAGAUGGAUUCUGUGAUCUCCAGUAUUGAUAUUUAUGAGCGAAAAGAAGCUGGGCCUCUGAUUCUUGCCUGGGCUGUUUUUCUUUGCCUGAUUACAUCUCUUCCCGGAAAAGAGGAACAAAAUGAGCUAAUGGAAAUUGACCAUGUUGGUUAUGUCCGUCAAGCCUUUGAUUCUGCUUCAUUGAGCCUUUUUCUGGAUAUUCUUCGAAGUGAUGUGUUGAAGGAUUCUGAUGGACCUGUCGCUGGAUACCGGAGCAUAUUGAGAACAUUCAUUUCUGCAUUUAUCGCAUCUUACGAAAUUAAUAUCCAGCUGGAAGAUGAUACCUCUAGACUGAUAUUAACUAUCCUUUGUGAAAUCUAUCGAGGAGAGGAGUCUCUUUGUGCUCAAUUUUGGGACAAGGGCAGCAUUGUUGACGGACCUAUCCGUUGUCUUCUUUGGAACUUGGAGGGUGAAUUUCCUUACAGAACUAUUGAGCUGACUCGCUUUCUAUCAGCAGUCUCUGAGGGGUGCUGGCCUGCAGAGUGUGUGUACAAUUUUAUGGACAAAUCUGUCGGAAUCUCGUCUUUGCUUGAGAUUGAUACUGAUUUGUUGGCUGGUGGGGCAUCUCAGAUAAUUGAGACACAACUGCCAUUGCGUGUUCCUACUGUUGAAAGCUUACUUAUUCCAAGUAAGACUCGUGGUCGUGUUCUAAGAAUGAUUGAUUCCAAAACUGCACUUGUGCGAUGGGAGUACAAGCAGUCUGGGAUGGUUGUCUUGCUUCUGCGUUUAGCUCAGGUGCUGGAGUUAGAUGCCAAUGAAGAGGUUCAUGUGGUCCUUGACCUUUUCAGUCGAGUUGUAUCCUUCAAUAUGGCUGUAUGUUUUUCUAUGAUGAAUAUUGGCAAGUCACUUCAUCUUCACACAAACUAUGGCGAUGGGCAGAUUGAGGGUGCUAUAUGGAUCGACAUGGUUGAGGUCUUGUGCAACCUUGUGAGGAAUCUGUCGCCUUAUAAUGGCAGUGUCAAAGCUAUGGCAAUGAGUGUUACUGUUCUGGCAAAGAUGAUGAAGUGUUCCCCGUCACAUGUGAGUGCUGUUGUUUUGAAGAUGAACAUAUUUGAUAUGUCCCUGAAGUCUAGUAUAUUUGGUGAUCAAAACAAUAGUUUAUCGAGUGGUUCAUGGUUACUUUCUGGAAGACUUGCAAAAAUGCUUUUGAUUGAUUGUGAGCACAAUGGUGGCUGUCCCUUGACUAUGUCAGUUCUGGAUUUUACCAUGCAGCUUCUUGGAGCUGGAGUAGAGAAUGAUUUUGUCCAUGCUCUUGUCAUGUUCUGUCUUCAGUAUGUCUUUGUUAAUCACGAGUUCUGGAAAUACAAGGUGAAACAAGAUCGAUGGAAUGUAACACUAAAAGUGCUUGGAGUGCUGAAGACAAGCAUAUUAUGUAUCCCUUACUUUGUAAAACUUGGUGGGAGUAUCAGAGAUAUCAUGCUUUCUGAUUCUUCCAUCCAUAGCAUGAUGUUUCGAAUUCUUUGUACAACUUCACCAGUAUUAGAGAACCUCUACAUCAGCAGACUCUAUGAUUGGAGGGAGAUCGAUGGGUUACAACAUGCAAUAUGCUCCAUGUUGGAAAUCUUAGUGAGCAUUUUCUCCAAUUUCCCAGAGGAUGAUUUCUCUGGCUUGCCAGUUUUCCACCAAGCAUUGUUGUCCAACUCUACUAAGCCGAUUCCUGUUGCUGAGGCCCUCGCAUCGUUGAUCUCGUAUUUUCGAAAUCCUGCUAUACAAGUGGGAGCUACUGCAGCACUUUCUAUGCUCUGCAAAACUGCUGAUCGCUCGAAACCUUAUCUAUCUGGCAAUGCAACCUUUGGUCUAGGUGCUAAACAGGUUAUGCAACUAAGGCAUACUAUUGAAAGUAUUAUCCGUGAACAAUCUGAAAGAAAUGAAGCCCUCUUUGUGGCUGUUAUUGAGCUUCUUACUUCUGCAGCAAUUCACCAGCCUGCGUUUCUUGCUGCUCUAGUUUCUGGUGAAGACAUUAGGGCUGACUAUUCACGGAACAGUGGUGAUUCAAAUGAACAGGGAAGUGAUUCAACUUCCCAGGCUUUGAAAUCUGACAAUGCAAUACGUCUAGUGGAUAUGCUUGUGCUUUAUGUUGAAAGAUCUGAUACGCUUAUGAAGAGAAAUCCCAGAGUUCUUUUGAGUAUACUGAAUUUUAUGAAAGCACUGUGGCAAGGAGCGGCUCAGUUUAUUGAUAUGCUGGAGACCAUUAGAAAAUCUAAGAAGUUCUGGAAACAGUUGUCUGAAUCUAUGUUACUCAUCAGCUGUAAGGAAGCUCCCUUGCCAAUAGAUCUUCCUGAAACUGAUUCACAGAAAUUUGCUUAUGAAUAUCAAUGUCAGUCUGCUGCAUUAGACAUUAUGGCUCUAGAAACAUUCCUGCAGAAGAAAUUAUUACACCUUGAGUCACUGGUGAGACAAGCUGAUCAACUAUUGAAAGGGGGUGUUGGUGCUGUUGGGACCAAAGCACAAGUAUCUGCAAAUUCAGAACAGCUUGAGGAUAUUCUGAUUUCUUGGUCCGAUAGCUCUUCUUUGAGCAUCCUUCUGAAGUCAUCUGCAGUGUGCAUGUAUGAUACUGAUGUUUAUUUUCAAGCAAAGAUUGCUUUUAGUUUGCUCAUGGCGCACAUAAUUGGGAAGCUGGUCACAGGUGAUACUGGCAGCCUGUCUUUAUCUUUUAUAGAAGAAGUGACAACACUGUCUACAAAGUUAAUCAAUCUACCUGCGUUUUCUGAGUUGUGCAUCCAAUAUGCCCAGCACGGUUACAGUGAAGGAAUCCAGAUAAAGAAUUUGGUACUCAAUGAUCUGUAUUAUCAUCUGCAAGGAGAGUUGGAAGGACGUAACAUUGAACAGGGCCCAUUUAAAGAACUUUCCCAGUUCUUAUUAGGGUCAAAUCUUCUGCAAGCUUAUCAGAAAAAGUCUGUCCAUGCGUUAUUAGGAGCCAAAAAUGCUGAAGUGUUUGAUGUUCUGCGUCUACAACAUGACAUUGGCUUUGAUAUUUGGGAAUACUCAGAAUGGAAAGCAUCAAAACAGAUAGUGGAGACUACGCUGCCUUACCUACGACAUGCCAAUUCCAUGUUGUUGAUCCUUGGUUCAAGACUCCCAGCAUUGCGUGCUCUUAUAACACUUCUAAAUCUCAAUAUGGGGGACUCAAUGAACAGACACGGGAGUAUAUUGAAGAGAAUUUCUAUGGACAAACUUCUUUCAUGCAUAGACCACGAAUGCAAAGAGUUACAAGCCACCUUGGGAUUAUUGACAGCAGCUUCAGUUGCUCCUGUGGAAGUUCUCAAUUAUAUAGCUGCGCAGGUGGAAUUGCUUCUAUGUCUUGUUAGACAUGUCGACAAUGGUAUUUCUUCACCUACUUGUUUGGUCAUACUAAAAACCUGCAGUUUUGGCGUGAAAAGAUUGCGUGAUUUGAGGCUUUUGGGUUCUGAGGUUCAACAUGCGAUAAAGUUCUUACUGAUGCUGCUUCAUUUGGUGGUGGAAAUGAGCUCUGACUGUAUCUCUUCGUCCAGCAAAACUGACAGUGAAUCUGAAGCCUCAACUGAAGUGGCUAAUAGUUGCUUGGGCAUAUUGCCAAUACUUUGCAGCUGCACUGGCAAUCCUGAUCAAUGUAUCAUCUCCCUUGCUACUAUUGACCUGAUUGUCAAGAGGAUACUGACACCGACCACAUGGCUCCCCAUCCUGCAGCAACAUCUUCAGUUGCAUCAGCUCAUUCUUAAGCUUCAUGAUAAGAAAUGCUUUGAAUCUCUUCCAGUAAUAAUGAAGUUCCUUUUGACCCUUGCCAGUGUGAGAGGAGGUGCUGAGAUGAUAAUUGCUUCUGGGUUCCUGCCAUCUCUAAGAGUUUUGUUUGGAGAAAUAUCAAAUGUUUGUGUGGCCAACUGGGUUAAAUCAGAGAAGUCUGCGACACGUGAAGCCGAAAUUGAGAAGCCUCAGUUCAUCUGGGGGCUAGGCUUGGCUGUCCUUACAGAAACAAUUUGUUCUCUAGGAGAAACUUCACUUUGUAAUGAAGUCGUGGAUAGCAUGAUAUCUUACUUCUUCUCUGAGAAAGCUUUUCUAAUAGCUUAUCACCUUAGUGCACCAGAAUUCCCCUCUGAUGACCAUGACAAGAAACGAGCACGGGCUCAGAGGAGGCAGACCUCGUUAUCUGCUUUUAGAGAGACGGAACAUACUCUUAUGCUGAUAUGCAUCCUAGCUAAGCAUAGAAACUCAUGGAUGAAGGCCACCAGAGAAACGGGUUCUGAGCUUCGUGGAAGGAUUAUCCAUCUUUUGGCUUUCAUUAGUAGGAGAGGUCACCGUCUCGGAGAUUCAUCUGGUCGGCCUUCGACUCUUUUAUGUGCUCCUUCAUCUAAAGAGGAAAACGAUUAUUGCACAAAACCUUCAUUUAUAAAUAGCAGUAUCGGAUGGUUUGCUGCUGCUGCUCUUGGGUGUGUACCAAUUGGCAGUAUAACGGAUGAAUAUCCACAAACUGCUAUUGUGGUCAAGAACAAAACAAACGGAAAUGCGGAAUCUGGGAAAUCUACGUACUUUUCAGAUACUGUUGCUGUAGAGAUAUAUAGAAUCACAUUUCUUAUAUUGAAAUUUCUGUUCCUACAAGCUAAAGAAGCGGCUGGACGGGCGGAAGAACUGGGCUUCAUCGAUCUAUCAAAUUUCCCAGAGCUUCCAGAUCCAGAAAUAUUACAUUGCUUACAGGAUCAGACCAUUGCUAUUGUUACUGAAGUUUGUGAAACCAAUAAAUCAAAACAGAUUCAACCAGAUACUCAAUCCGUCUGCCUUUUAUUGCUUAAUAUAGUAGAAAUGGCUUUGUACCUGGAACACUGCGUCUCCCAAAUCUGCGGAAUAAGACCUGUGCUGGGACGUGUCGAAGACUUCUCUAAACAAAUGAGAUAUUUGGUCAGAGCUACCGAAGGACAAAGUUUUUCGAAAUCUUCAAUGAAGCAUUUGAAGCAAAUCGUGUCAUUCGUGUAUCCAGGUUUAUUACAAAAUGAAGGCAUUUUGUAAAUUGCACAAUAGUGAGAUAGAGUUCUGUCUAACUUGUACAGAAUAUUGUAUUAGUUCUUAUGUAUCUUUAGACAUUUUUAAUACCUGGACACUAUUGCGAUUCCAAAGGGGUGGUGGAGAUAAUUGAGGGUCAUCAAAAUGUUGAUGUUCCCACUGUGGAGGAUACCUUCAACAAAUAAUACUUUUUCCAUCCAAAAAGAGAUGAGGAAUAUUUGACAGGGCAAAACUAAUGAUGUUUAGGUUUCAUUGUUUA